AUGGCGCGUCUCAAGUUCCUGCUCUUCCAGGUGACCGCUUGUCUGGGUGUGGGCGGCACGAUGGAAGAGAGGAGUUACGAGCACUUCGGGCUCUUGAACGACCUGCGGGCCGCUGGCUUCACCUGUCCAGGUGGCAACUCCUAUGCCCCGAAUGAUGUCCCUCUCAAGUUUGACUGCCGCUUGUGGGCUGCCGCACAGCUCCACUCUCAGGACAUGGCAGACAAUGGAUACUUCUCCCACACGAGCCAAGAUGGUAGAAGCCCAUGGGACAGAGCUGAAGCUCAGGGCAUCAGAGCCAACGGUGAAAAUAUUGCUGCGGGGCGCAGCGGUGCUGAAGCUGUGCUGGAACAAUGGAAAAACUCGGAUGGGCACUGCAAGAACAUGAUGAAUCCGAACUUCCGCGUCUUUGCAGUAGGCUAUGCCUACAACUCCGGUUCAAGAUACAGGCACUACUGGACCCAAAUGUUCAAGAGCUCGGACGUGUCCGAUCUGGAUACUUCGUGCUACAUACCUGAAGCUACGACUAGCUCUAGUACCACCACCACUAUCACUACCACCACGACCACGACCGCCACCACUACCACGACCACCACCAGCACCACUGUCAGCACUGCGGCCACAAGCGCCAAUGCAACUGAUAGCAACACGACGAGCAUCGCAGCUUUUGUGCCGACAACGAACAGCACGACGUUCGACGGCACAGCGGAGGCAAAUACUUCGUCCACUCUUGCCACACAGUCUACGACUGCGCCAAACCCAAGUACUAGCGUCACUUCCUCGAUGGCUACGGCAGACGAGGUCGAGACGUCAACGUCAGGCUCGGAGCUUCAGAGCACCACUGGCUUCGAAACUCGACCCCCCGGGCUUCUGAAGGGCCAGAUCGUCGUGCGAACCUCCCACCCCGGUGGCUUCUUCGCGUCGGAACAGCUGCAAGAGCUUGUGAGGGCCUUUCUCGAGCGCCUCGGCGACGGAUUGCUGCAGGCGAUCUCCUUCGCGCCGGCCGCGGAGGGGCGCCGUCUGAGACGGCGCCUCGAGGAGAGUGCAGCGGCGGCUACGGAUGUGACCGUCUCCUUCACUGCAGAGGUCCCUGCUGGGCGCGGCGAGGAGGCUGCUGCCAAACUCCAAGCGCCUCCCGAGGUCGCACAAGCAGCCCUGGAGGCGGCUGCGGCAGAGGUGUCUGCAGCAGACACCAUCGAGGCGGGGGCCCUGCGGCAGUUGGGGACGGGACACCAGGGUGAGACCGUGAGGUCCGCUCCGUAA